AUGAGAAAACUCAGCUUUGAAAGUACUGAGACAACCUUCGUCGUCCCUCAACGCGCAAACGAAGACGAUCCUGGGCGAGUUCAGAAGAACUACCACUCUGGCAGGCCUAAGCGCCGAGAGAACAUUCGGACGGAAACGCCGGCAUCCUCUGAAGAUCCCCGUGAAACAGUAAGAUGCUCCCUACCAUCCCAUCUAUGGCGUAAGGGGUGGAAGGGAUUUGCCGAGUACGGCCGUACAGCCACUAUACUACUACCCUUCAUUCCAACUGCUUGGCCUAUUGUCUGCUUGACAAAUCCAUGUAUCUUCCCAGUCGCAGCUGAGCCGCAACAUGAAUACGGAGUACAACUGCCGUAUUGCAUAGUAGGCUCAGAAGUGACGGGUUGGUGGAAGCGAGCAAGCUGA